AUGCCCACCACCACAUCAACCACUUCGUCUUCUCUCUCGGCGUCGCUUUCCGCUCGUCGCUCUCCGGCCGACCAACUCAUUGCCCCUUCCACUUCGUUACCAAACACUGUGCGCAACAACUCUACAACACUAGCACAAACGACGACUCUUAGCAACAUGGAAGCAUCAAUAGACUCCUUGGACUUAACUCGACCAACUUUACGGAAUACCACUACCACUACCACUACGUCUUCCACCUCUUCACCUGUCACUGAACCACUUCAAACCACCGACCCCGACCUCGCGACCGACCUCCAGGGCUUCACAACAUCGACCAACAUCAAGGUGGAGCCAGAGGACCCUCCUACUCUGGCACAAGCAGCAAAAGCAUCAUCGCCAGAGGUGGCUGUGAAACAAGAGCCUCUUAGCUCUGAGGACGCCACCAAAUUCCUGCCUCAGGCAUCUCAGCCAACAAUACCAAGCGCACCAGGACUAGUCAACCCCAUGGGAGCCGAAGUAGGGGCUCAGGAUCCUCACUACAUUGUCAUACGUGUCAGCGACGAAGGUGACUUCAAUGAUGCUCGGAGAAGCAACAUUUGGAACACCAACCCAAUGUACAACAAAGCUCUGCGGGAACUCUACAGCCCGACUUCACAAGUGUUUCUGAUCUUCACUGUGUUUAUGAGCAGUGAGUUCUGCGGGAUCGCCAAGAUGGCAUCGGAAAUGAUGUGGGUGGGUGAACGAACCAUCUUUGACAAGUCAAACCUGAGGCAAAAGUUCAAGCUCCAAUGGGUCGCCUGUUCGCGCGUCUCGUAUGACAGCGUCAAGGAGUUUACACAUGAGCCAAUCUACAAGAUCAUUCGCAAGAAUGGAUGUGAGCUUCCUCAGGAUAUUGGAGGCGGCAUUCACAAACUGCUUGUUGAAAACCAACCCGAGGAAGAACCGCAACCAACUCUGGCCUUGCAAGAGGAUGACAGCAGUGCGCUCGAUAUUACUGCUACGAGUUUCAGUCAGGAUAUGCUCAUGGGUGAAGGCGCCAAUGCUCAAGAAAGUCCGACACUGCAUCUCAACUCACUGUUUAUGGACACUUCUGACAUGGAUGUCGAUCUGCCAGAACCUACGACGAAUGACUUCCAGGACAAGGACAAGGACGAAGACCAAGACAAAGACGAAGGUGAUGUCGACUCUGACGAGGAAAGUCACCCAGAAAACUCGAUUCACCUCCACCUUCAAUUCCUUCAAGGCGCUGGUCGCCUUCGAGACGUCGAUCGCCUCCACCGCCUCAAAUGCGAUCCUCUCGAAGGAGAUCACCACCGCCACCAACAUCAUCAUCCCGGUACUGGCCCCCACCACCACCAUCGCUUCGAAGGAAUCGAUCCCCUCCACCGCCCCGUCGAAGACCGCCACGUCGCGGAUCUCCACCUCCACCACCAUCACAUUACUCUCAGUCACCUCCAUACGAACGAUCGGGAUUACCAGCGUUUACUUCUUCCAGCUACGGCUUCAGGUCUCCGCCACCGUUCCCGCAACGAUCCAAGGAUCCUCGAGAUCGAUCCGCGAAGUGGACCCAAUUAUCAGCGCGAUCGGUUCAGUAAUGCCCCUACGGACCCGCGUCUCUUGGUUAGCCGUAAUGCUAGCAGUAGUGUCGUCCCGCAGAAGCGACCCUAUGAUGAACAGAGCGGAUCGAUGGAGGAUGAUAAGGGUACUAUACUGACAGACGCAGUGGACCUUCCGGCUUCGGUCUUCCCUCUUGAGGACGACGCCGAUGAUGGUAUGGGCGGUCAUUUUAUUUCACCAACGCAGCCAAUCAAUCCCUCGGCCACAGGAGCAUCAUCGUCAUCGUCGUCAUCUGCGGCGCCGGGAGGCCCUUCUUCAUCCACCUCUACGACUCCUUCUACGGAUCCCCCUAUCCAGAUCACGAGCAUCACGCUGAUCCCUUCAGGGAUGUCCAAGAGUCGACGCAAGAAGAUGCGAAAAGAGGCACUUGCUAAACCUCUAGACUUUUAG